AUGAAUGAUGAAUUUGAAUGUUUUCUAAAAGAAAAAAUUAUAUCAUUGUUAGGGAUUAGUGAUGAUGUUUUUAACGAUUGUAUACAAAGUGGGAAGAAUAAAAGUGAUUUAUAUUAUUUCUUUUCAUCAUCACCAUGUAACACUACUUUGUUUUUUGUCUUAUACAAGCAUAUAUACGAAUAUGAAUUAAAUGAAAAAAGAUCAAGUGAAACUAAUGAGAAAUAUAAAAAUAUAGCAUUGGAUGAACAAAUAGAUGAUCAAGAUAAGGACAAAUGUGUAGAAAAAGAGAAAAAAGAUAAUUAUAACCAUAUUGAUAGUUAUAAUAAAACAAAAAAAGAAAAUAUAAAAAAGAAGGAAAAUGUAAUAAAAAAAGAUGAUACAUUAAAAACAGAUGAAAACCUAAAAAAAAACGAAAAAGGAAAAAAUGAUAAGAUAGAAGAUAAUAAUGAAAUAAAAAAGAAGGUUGAAGUAGAAAAUAGUAAUAGAAUAGAAGAUAGCAAUAACAAUAAUACGAAAGAUAUGUACACAAAAUCUAAUGAUGAAUAUGAAAAAAUAGAAAAUAAUGAAAAGAAGAAGAUGAUACAUUAUGUAUUAAAAAUGAGUAUAGGUAAUAUAAACAUUAGUGAUCCUGAAGAUUUUCUGGAACAAAAAAAAGAAAAAAAAAAAAAAAUAUACAAACAAAUAAUAUUUAUUUUAAAAAUUAAAAAUGAAAAGAAUAGCAAAAAUAUAGAAGAAUAUUUUAAUAAUAAUUAUACAUAUGGAAACUUGCAUCAUAAUUAUAUUAACAAUUUGAAAACAUAUUUUAAAGUAUUUUUUUUACCCUUCUUUCAAUGUCUAUUAAAGAAAAAGAACUUUUUUGAGUAUAUUGGUGAAGGAAUAGACCAAAAUGUAAAAAUUGAAAAUGUUUUAAAUAAACUACAAAAUUUUAAAAAAAAUGAAAUUUUAAAUAAACAAUUAAUAGGUUCUGAAAAAUUUAGCGAAAAUAAACAUAUGAGCAUUAUUGAAAAUGAAAACUACUUAGAAAAAGAAGAAAAAUAUAUUGAAGAAGAAAAUAGUAUAAAUAACGAAGAAGGUGAAAACAUAAAAGAAAAUAUGAUUCUAUAUGAGAAAUCGAAUAUGUAUGGUAUUUUAAAUAAUAACGACAAUAAUUCAUAUAUAGAAAAAAAAAAUGAAGAAUUUUUAAGCAAUAAAAACUUGUUAAAUUCAUUUUAUUAUUUAUUAAAUUAUUAUAAACAAAUAUUAAAAGUAGAGCAAAUUUCUUAUAAUGAAAUUAAUGGAGACCUAAUAAAACUUAAGGAUGAUACAAUAAACAUAGAUAAUUAUUUAAAAAAUAUUUCAAAUAUAAUCAAAGAUUUUAUAAUAAAAGAAAAAAAGAAUGAUUUAAAAAAAAAAAACGAUAAAACAGUUGUGGAGUAUUGGAAAGAAAGAUUUCAUAGAAUCUACAAUUUACUUGAGCAAAUAAAUAGCAAAAAAUUUGAACAAAUCAUAGAAAAUAUAAAAGGAAAAUCUUAUAAUAAUGAAUUGUGCAACGAUAUAAAAUUAUUGUUAAAAGAAAUUGAAAAUAUGCAUAUUGAAUCAUUUGAAAUGAUAAAAUUUAGCAGGCUUUUGGAGAGUUCUUUUGAAACUUUAAAGUUUAAUCAUAUUAAUCAAAUGAAAAAUGGUAUUAAAUUGGUGAUGCGAAAAUUAAAAAACAUAUGGCUUAGUUCUAAAUAUUUUCGCAAAGAUGAAAUUAUAAUUGCUUUUUUUUUAAAGCUUUCAGAAAUAAUAUUUGAAUUUAUACUUUUUUUAGCUAUUAAAAUUAAAAAAAUUAAUAAACCCAAAAAAAUAAAAAAAUUUCUUUCUAAAUGUAUAGACAUAUUGAAAUUCUAUGAAAAAGAAUUUAUCUACGUUAAAUUAGAUAUAGAAACUAUCGAUAUAAGAAAAAAUUGGUAUUUUGAUAAAAGUAUAAUUUUUAAGAAUAUAAGACAUUUGCAGCAUGUUUUAGCUACUCUUUAUACGGUUUACUCAGAAAUUAUUUAUUUCACUGAUUUAUGUUUAAUAAAAUUAAAAAAAUUAGUAAAUAACAAAAAAAUUAUGAAUAAUAUAAUUCUAGAAAUUAAUAAAUUGUAUGAGCCAUUUAAUGAUGUAUUAAAAAACAUAUAUCUUUACGAUGAUGAAUCUAUUAUGUUAUUAAUGAAAAAAUUAAAUGAACAAUGCUUAAAAAUAGAAAAAAAAUGUAUUAAAAUUAUUUAUAUUCAAUUUUCUCAUUUAAGAAACACGAAAUCUACAUAUUUGUUAGUAGAAAAGUUUCAAAAUUUGAAAAAAAGCUAUAAAAUAGAUAGACUUCUAAUAAAAAAAUUAUAUGAUAUAUUAUUUUUAUAUAAAAAAGAACUAUAUUUGUAUAUUGAUUUAUUUAAUAAUAUGUGUACUAAUAAGGAUUUAGAUAUUUACAAAAGAAUGUUAUUUUGCUUGAAUAUUUAUAAAAAAAUUAAAAAGCCAAUUUUAAUAUUUAAAAAUAAUAACUAUAUAACUUCAUCAAAUGAAUACAAAAUUAUAGUUAAAUUAUAUAUUAAUUUUUGUAAAAAAAUGUUUUCAUAUAUUGUUGAUACUUAUUUUAUAUGGAAAAAUAAUUCUCUAUCUCAAAUGAAUAAGAUUUUAUCAUCAAAUAUAAUCACCAUAAAUAAACAGCUAAACUUUUAUUAUGUAAUUAAUUUUGACAAUAAUUUUUUUAAAACAAUAUAUGAAUAUGCUUACAUUGAAUCCAUAUAUGACUUUAAUACACCUAUUGAAAUAUUAAAUAUGUAUAACUUAAAAAAAAAAUUAUAUAGAUAUUUAUAUGAAUUAAAUGAAAUUAUUACUUUUUUCAAGGGUUUCACUACAACCAAAUCAGUUAUUGAGCAAAAAGUGUUAAUAAAAUUUUUUCAAUGUUUUGAACAGAAACUAAUAUAUAUUUCUAAUAAUAUAAAUUGGUUAAACUUAAAUAUUGAUCACUAUAUUAAUGAUUUAAAAAAUUGUAAGAGUUCAAUUGAAAAUGUUUAUCUAUCUUUAUCGUACUCUCUGAAUAGAAUAGAUAAAAUUAUUUUUAAUAUGCAGAAUGUUAACGUAGUCCGAUACAUUGAUUGGGGUAAUAUGAAGCCAUUACAUAUUCAACCUUUUUUUAAUUACUUUGAAGAAUAUAGGAUUAAUGAAAUCAACAAGAUAUUGGAAAAAUAUAAAGAAAUAUCACAAAUAUUAAUUAAAAUAGAACAAAUUGUUGAAAAAACAAAAAAUGGAAGAAGUGAAAUAAUGGAUGAACUGUACUAUUUGUAUCAAUGCAAAAUAUAUAAAUGUUUGAGUCUAAUUAUUAUAAAGGGAUUAUGUAACUAUGAAACACUAAUCGAAAAUGAUUUUCAAAAAAAAUUUUUAGAUAAUUAUAAGCCCUGUUUAUAUAUAAAAGAAGAUAUUUAUUCUGAUGUAUUCUUAAAUAAUUCAAUACAAAAUAUUUUUAAAUUAAUAUCUAAAUUAUUAACAAACCUACUCUUAUCAUCUUCGGAAUUCAUUAGAUGGUUAGAUUAUUCAUGUAUUGAAGUUCCUAUAUCGUUAAAAGAAGAUUUUGAGUUUUUUAAAAUGAAAUUUUCUUUUUAUCAGAGUGUUAGUAAAAAUAAAAUAAUCAUUGAUAGAAUAAUACAUAUACAUCAAUUAAUUCAAAACGUCUUUCAAAAAGCAAAUAAAUACAUAUAUAGUUUUUUAAAGUAUGAUAAUAUAAUAAAUUCAAUUAUUAAGGCUCAAAGUAACUUUAAUAUUCACCAGAAUAUUUCAUAUCCUUUGAUUUACUAUGAUAAUAUUCUGAAAAAUAUAACAAAUAUUCAAAAUAAGAUCGAUAAAGAAAAUGAUAAAAAAACUAUUCAAUUUAUUUCUUUAAAUAUAUCAUUUGUUCUUAAUUCAAUCAAAAACAAAUUAUUAGAUUCUAAAAAGUUUUUUUUUAAUAACUUACAUUUUAUAUUUACAACAUUAACAUGCUCUACUCUAAGUGAAAUAACUAAAUAUAGUGGAAUACUUAAAACAGCUACUAAUUCAAUGGAUAAAUAUGAAGACAUUAUAAAAACUAUAAACACAAUAAAGACAGAAAAUAUAAAUAUAGAGAUAAAUAUUCAAAAAACAGAAGAAAUUUAUAAUAUAUUAACAAUAUAUGAAGAUAAUAACAUAAAUGAAGAACAAAAGAAAAAAUUAUUUUUAUUAUAUCCAAUGUAUUUAAAUAUGCUAAACAUAGCUUUUUACAAUGAUAAUCUAAUGUUUGCAAUAAAACAGGAAUUUUACAAAAAUACCAAAAACAAAAUAAUUUUGUUUGAAGAAAAAGUAAAAAAUAUUUUAAAAAAGUUUCAUCUAUGUGGUCCAUCAUCAGAAAAUAUUAAUUUAAGUGAAGGAAUGGAAAGUCUAAAAAAAUAUAUAAAUGAAUUUAAAUUAUUAGAGAUAGAAAAAGAUGAAAUAAUUAAAGCUCAAAUUUUAUGCAACAUGAAGAUUUUACUAUUUGAAAAUUUUUAUUUACUAAAAAAUACAAUUAAAAUUUAUAAUUCUAUAUAUUCUAUAUAUAAUUCUUACACUACUAAAAUAAAUGACUUUUUAGAUGUUAUAUAUUAUAAAUUAAAUAUUAGAGAAAUAAAUAAAUCCUUAAAAGAAGUAAAAAAUGAAUUAUUAGUAUUACAAAAAGAACAACCUGAAACCAAGAAUAUUUUAGCAUAUAAAAAAAUAAAUGAAGAAUUGAGUAACAUGAAUACAACAUUAAUUAUUGUCUAUUUAUUACAAAAUACAAAUAUGAAACUAAUGAAUUGGCACGAAAUAAUAAAUCUUCAUUUAAAGAAAAACAAGAUAGAUGAUCAUAUAAAAUUUGAAAACAAUAUUAUAAUUAAUGAUAAAAAUAUAAACAUUAAAUCUAUAACACUUUAUGAUAUGCAUGAACUAAAAAUUUACUUAUAUUUUAAUGAUAUCAAAUAUAUAAUAUAUAAAAUUAAAGAAGUAGAAAAAUUAGAAAAUUACUUAAAUAAAAUUGAGAACGAAUGGAAACAAGAAUCACUAAAAAUAAUAAAAUAUAACGAUUAUUUUAUAUUAGAUGAUAAUAAAAAUAUAUUUAAAAAUAUUAAAAAAACAUUUAGUGAUUUGCAUUUAUUGAGAAACUUAAAUUUUGCUCAUGAUUUAAUUCCUAAAAUAAAUUAUUUACAAAAUAAAUUACAUUUUAUCUAUGAACAUUUAUCACUAUGGAUAUUAAUACAAAAAAAAUGGAUUAACCUAGAAAGAUUUUAUAACAAUGAAAAUUUUAGUCAUUUCAGCAAUGAAUUAAAAAAUUUUAAUAAAAUAAAUAAAAUAUAUAUUGAAAUAAUGAAAAAUACAAAAAAAAAUUUGAAUUUAUUUCAAAAUUGUAAUACCCAAUUUUUUUACUUUUUGAAAAAUUAUUAUGAUCGUGUAGUAUUUUUAACAAAAGAAACAAUAGAUAUUUUACAAGACAAGAAAUUUUCAUUUCCAGAUUUUUUUUUUCUAAGCGACGAGGAGUUACUUGAUCUUUUGUCCAAUACAGAAAUAGAGAAUUUAAAAAAAUACUGUUACAUAAUUUAUGAAGAUCUCCUAACUUUUAAUGAUAUUGAUAAAACAAUAACUGAAAUUAUUACUAUAAAAAAGAAUGUGUUCAACCUAAAAAAUGGAAUAAAAAUAAUAGGAAUAGAUACUUAUGUUGUUUUAAAAGAAAAAAUAAAAAGUGCUUUAAGAGAAAACAUUGUCACAUGCUUAAAAAAUUAUCAUAAUACUAACAAAAUAAUACCUAUUAUUAUAAAUAAUGUAUCAGUUGUCUCAAAUGUUGUAAUAAAAAUUAUAUUAAGUGAAGAAAUCAGAAAUAUAACACAAACAAAAAAUGUAGAAUAUACUGAUAAAAUUAUAAACAAGUAUCUGGAUAUUUCUAAUGAUUUAAUGGAAGAAUUAAAAAAACAAAAAGGAAAAAAUAUUCAAAAAAUAGAACAAUCUAUAAUUAUUUAUUUAGAAUUUAUUGAUAUAUUAAAAAAAGCCGUUCAAGAAAAUUUAUUUGAUGAAAAUAACUUCUUCUUAUAUUAUCAAUUUAGAUAUAUUCUAGAUAAAAAUAAAGAACAUAUUUCAAUAAAAUAUGGAAAUUAUACCUUUAAAUAUAAUUAUGAUAUAUUAGAAAAUAAUGAUUUAUUUAUAAAUUUAUUACCUAACAAUAAAUAUGUAUUUUCCAUAUGUUCAAAUAUAUAUAAAUCUUAUUAUAAUAUUAUAUGCGGAAAUAAUAAAACUUCAACUUUAAAAUAUAUAACAUCCACACUAGGUUUAAGAACACAUUUCAUUAAAGGAAGCUCAAAUAAUAUAAAAAAUAUACUUUUUGGUGUAAUUCAGCUAGGUUAUGCUCUAAUUAUACAAAAUGUUGAUGAAAUAAAAAUGGAAAUACUAUCUGUCUUAACAAAUAUAUUUAGAUCCAUACAAACAUGUUUAAAGAAAAAAGAAAAAAAUAUUUAUAUUUUUGGUAAAGAUGCUAUAUUUAAUAAUAGCAGUGUAAUAUUUUUUACUUCUAAAUCCUAUAGAUGUGGAAAUAUUCCUAUUAAUUUAAAAAAUUUGUGUAAAGAAGUUAUUAUAAAUAAUUAUCAAGAAAUAGAACUUAUAGAAAUGCUUUUAUAUAUAAAUAACUUUUCUAAUAUUAAAGAAUUAUGUAUUAAAAUUUGGAAUUUUGUUGAAUACUUAAAUUUUGUUUAUUUAAAUUCUGAGAGUAAUAUGUUAAAUGAUGUAAUUAAUAUAAUAAACUUAUGUAAAAAGAGAAAUAAUGAAUAUAAUGAAAAUCAUUUGUUAGCUAAUUAUGUUUUCAUAUACUACUAUGAUAAAUUGAAGAAUGUAGAACAAAAAGAAUUCGAAAAUUUAAUAAAAAAAUUUUUUGAUGUAGAAUUAAAUAUGAACUUUAAUUUAGAAAAAAAAAGAGAUUCUUUAAAAGAAUUAUUAAAAAAUGAAUUCAUAUAUUUAAAUUAUGACUCAUUUUUUAAAUAUGAAAAAGAUAUUUGUGUAUUAAAAGAAAAAUUGGAUAAUCAAUUUUUGUCAAUAAUAUAUGGAAAUGCUUAUAGCGGAAAAUCAACUUUAUUAAAAAUAUAUAACACCUUAUAUAAUUACAAAUAUUCUUUCAUUUAUUUAGAUUCUUUAUAUGAUUCAUAUAAUAAUUUCAGUGAAAGUUUUUUAUAUGAAAUAAUGAAAAAGAAACAGCAAAAAAACGAUGAAUACACAUUUAUCAUGAAAUUGAAUUAUCUUAAUCCUAUUAUUUAUAAUUUGUUAUCUUUAAAUAAAUUAAUUUAUUAUAAAAAUCAAAAAGAAGAAAGUAUCUGUGGAAAUAAAUUGAAGAUCAUAAUAGAGUGUAAUAAUAUAUCCUUUUUGGAUCCUUAUUUACUGAAUAAAAUGAAUAAAAUUUCAAUUAAGGAUAAUAUAAAUAUAUAUAAUUACUUUAAAAAAAGGAGUUAUAAUGUAUUAGAUUACAUUUUGAAUACUAAUAUUUUUUUGGAAAAAAAUAUACAAAAUAAUAAAAAUGAUUCUAACUAUAUAAAUUAUCAUGAGGAAAAAAAAAAAAUUAUUUUUGAGUUAUAUGAUGAACUUAAAUUAUUUUAUAGAAACUUUUUUCUACACAUUUUUAAUUAUAUAAAGAAAAGAAAAGGGGAAGAUUUUAAUAUAAGUAUUUAUUACACAAAAGAUGUUGAUAUAAAAAAUAUAAUUACAAGUGAUAACAUCGUAACAAAAAAUGAUUUGUUUAAUUUUUGUGAUAAUGAUAAAAUUAUAAUAAAUAAUUUCAUGGAUAUUUUUAAAAGUCAUAUAUUAAUUUUUUUAAAGGAGUUUGAUUUAUAUGAUGAAUUAUAUGAAUGCAGCAAAUCUAUAAGUAAUGAUACUAGUACCUUUCAAAAUAAUGAAACUUUACAUAACGAUAAUUCUGAAAAAACAAACUUAAAUGAAAAUACAUAUGAAGAAUAUGAUUUAGAUAAUAUAGAUAAAAACUACAUAGAAAAUAUAUGCCUAUCACAGGCAGAAAGAGAGAAUAAUAAGAAAAUAGAAAAAUAUAACAAAAAAGAAAUUCUAAAAUUGUUGACUAUUAAAAAUAAAGCUAUUUUUAUUUUAAUAAGCUGCCUCAUUUUUGUAUUUAACAAUUUUUUAAGUGAUAAUGAAAAAUCGAACUUUUUUAUAUUUCUAAAAAAAUUAUGUAUAUUCAAUAAUAUCUUUAUUAAUUUUAAUUUGGAAAAUUAUUUUUAUAAUAUAAAGAAAGACAAAUGGAUUUCUAUCAAUGAGUUUUUUAAUUUUAUUAAAAAUAGCCAAUUUGACGAAAAAAAUUUAAUAUUUUAUGAUGAAGAAAUUAAAAAAAAAAUUAAUUCAAUUAGCCUAUUGUAUAAAGGGGGGUCUAACAUUUGCUUAAUAGGAAGCAAAAAAAAUUGCAAGACAAUUAUAUUAAAAGAAAUUGUUGAUAAGAAUAAGAACAUCGAUCAUGUUAUGGUCACUGUCCUGAAAUAUACUAAUGUUCUUAAUUUUAAAAUUUUACACGACAAAUUAAUAAAAAAAAAUGUUAAAAGAUAUAUUCAUGAAUCCGUUUUUUACAUUUGCAUAGACGAUAUUCAUAUUAAUUAUGAAAAAUUAAAUAAUCAUUCUAUUGAAUUUUUGCAAAAUUUACAAAGGAAUUUAUGUUAUUUUGAAAAUAAAAUUAUUAAUAUAGAAAACAUAAAAAGCAUAAUUUCAUUAGAUUUUGAACACUUAAAAACAAAUUGUUAUUAUGAAAAUAUCUCUUAUUAUUACUCCUUUUUCUUUUUAAACGCAAACAGAAAAUUCUUAGUAAAUUAUUUUAAUGCUUUAAUAAAUUAUUCAUUAAAUAACAAAUUUCAGGCUGUACACAACAAGUUAGUAAAUUAUAGCUUAGAUAUAUUGUGGAAGAUUCAUGAAGACAUUAAUUUUGAAGAAAAAAGAGAAAAUAAUUUACUAUUUACAAAAGAAAAUAUUUUUUUGUUGUAUGAAGAUUUUUUUUACACUAAAACUAAUUUUGAAAAUGAACAAGAUGUGAUAGCAAAUUGGUGUGAAAAUACUAAAAGUAUAAUAUUAAAUAGAAUUUUAAAGAAGGAAAAUAAAAAGGAAAUAAGGAGAAGAAUAAAAAAUAUUGAACAAGAUUAUUUUCCUAAUUUAAGCAAUGAAAAUUUAUCUACCUACUUAAAUUAUUUUUCUAAAGAUGUUUAUGAAAAAGUUGAUAUCAACUUGCUAAAAGAUGAAUUCGUUAGGAAUUUAAGCAAUUACAAUAAUAUGUAUAUGAAUGCUAAGAUGUUUGUAGAAUUUUACUUUAAAAAAAUUAUAGAGAUUUAUAAAAAAAUAAGUAAAAAUAUAAAUUCAUCAAUGAUAAUUUGCAUGAAUAAAAAAAGAGCUGUUACAUUACUAAAUGCGAUUGCAUAUAUAUUAAAUAUAAAUACAAUAGUAAUAAAUAAAUCUAAUAAAGUUGAAAAUGUUCAAGAUAAGAUUAACUAUUAUAAUAGAUUAAGAUUUCAAAGAAAUCUUUUUAUAUUAAUUAAUUAUUCAAAUAAAUAUAAUGAUUAUUUCUAUUCUUUAAUUUAUAAAAAGUUUCCAUCUGUUUUUUAUGAGAAAAAUGAACUAUUCAAAAUGUAUACUAAAACAAGCUUAAUAUCAAACGAGAUGAAAUGGGAAAACAUUCAAAAUAUAAUGAAAAAUAAUACUUAUGUUUGUUUAGUUCAUGAAAAAAGAUUUGAUUUUAAAAUUAAUGUUUUUCAAAAUUACAAAAAUAUUUAUAAUGAUUUGAAUAUAAUUCAUUUAGAUUGUUGGGACAAAGAAGAGUAUGUUCAAUAUUGUACUUUGUUUUUAAAAAACUGCGAAGACAAUCAUUUUAUAGAUAAUAUAUUAAAUAGUUUUAAAAAAAAAGUAAUAUUAAAUAACUUAGAAGAUGAUAUUGAAAAACAGAACAAUAACAUAACUAUAGAGAAAAAAGAAAAAGACAAAGAAAAAAUUUUUGUAAAUUCGUUAGAUUAUAUAAAACAGAAAAAAGAAGGAAAUGUAACUAAAGAAAAUGAGAAAGGAAGUAAAAAUGAGAUCAAAAAAGAGAAAGAAAAUAAAAGUGGGGAAGAAGUAACAAAUGAAGAUGAAGAAGAAAAAGAUAGAAAAAAUGAGGGAAAAAAUGAAAAUGAUAUAAAAAAGAUAGACGAAGAUGAAAAAGAAAUAGGACAAAAAAAAGAAAAAGAAGGAAAUAAUGAGCAUGAAAAGAUAAAUCAAAGUAAAAUCAAAGAAAAUAAUAAAAAUGAAUUAGAAAAUGAAAAAAAAAAAGAAAAGAUAAUAAAAGAGGAAAUAACAAAAAAAAAAGAUUUUCGAAUAAAAAAAGAUAAAAAGAAGGAGAAAGAAAAUAAUUCUGAAAAUAUAAAUAAGAAAAGUAAAAAAGAAAAUAGAUCUUUAACUAAAAUAGAGAAAGAUAAAAAAAAAAAUGAGAAUAGUUCUAAGAUGAAAAAUGUUGAAAAAGAUAUAGUAAAUAACGUUGAAAAAAAAAAAAAAAACAAUACAGAUAUUUUAAAAAAUAGUACAAAUACAAAUAUAAAUAAGAUGAAUAAAAAUAAAGAUAACAACAUAGAAAGUACAAAGAAAAAACUUUUUUUGAAAAUAAAUGAACAUAUAAAUGUAAGUAAAAAAAAAAUAAAGGAAAAAGAAACAAAUAAAUUUAAAAAUAAAUUAGAAAAUAAUAAGGAUAUUGAAAAAAAAUAUAAACAGAAUCAAAAAAUAGAAAGUAAUGAAAAUAGCACUUCUAGAAUAAAUAAAUUUACAAAAGAGAACUAUGACAAAAAAUUGGAGAAAAAAAAAGAAAUUAAUAAUCAUAUUAAUUACAAUAAAGAUGAUAUAUUAAAAAAUACUAAGAAUAAUCAACAUAUAGGUGAAACUACAGGAGAGAGCAACAAAAAUGAAAAAGAUAGUAAAAUUAAAAUUGAAGAAAGCAAAAAUGAAAAAGUAGAUGAAAUUAAAAUUCAAAAUGAAAAUAAAGACAAAUGUAUUAAUAAUAAUGAAUUUAUUAAAGAAAAAGAAGGAAAUGGAUAUGAUGACAUAUGCAAGAAUUUAAAUGAUGAAAAUAAUCAAUAUUUGGAUAAUUAUAAUUUAAAAAAGUUUAGCAAAGAAAUAUUAAAUAAAUAUGAGUCUUAUGGCAAAAAAAAAUAUAAAUAUAAUAUUAGCAAUAUAAUUGAAAAUCAGCAUGAACAAAUUGUUAGUGCAUUCAUAGAAGUAUAUUACGACCUAAAAAUUUUUUUAAAAAAACAUAAAAAUUUAGAUCUCAUCAGAAUUAAUAAAUGCAAUUUUAUCGACUGUAUAGUUAUGUUUUACAUCUUAUUAAAAAAUAAAUUAAAUUAUAAGAACAAACAAUUAUAUAUGUUUAAAAUGAGCCUAAAUAAAAUUAAUAUUAUAUUUGAAAAUUAUGAAAAUAUGAAUACCGAAAUUGAAUCGAUAAAUUCAUUGGUAUCUAAAAUGAGUGAUGAUAUUGUUAAAUUAAAUGAUUCUAUUAAAAUAAAUUCGAAAUUAUUAAUAGAUAUUGAAGAAAAAUUUAAUAGUAAUAAGAAAAUUUUAAAUAAAGUUACUAAUGAUAUUGAUGAAAUAACUGAAAGUAAAAAUGAAUCAGAAAAGCAAAUUGAAGAAGAGUGUAUCUCCAUUAUUUUUAAAAUACAAAAUGUAGAAAAUAAUGAAAUCAAAAAUAUAUUAAAAAUUGUUAAUCCUGAUAUUAUUCUAAUUAAUAUAUCAAUUAUGCUAAAUACAUUAAUUAGGAAUUCAUUUCUAAAUGACAAUAUUGAUAACUGGAAUUACUUUAAAAAUUUUAUAUCAAAAGAAAAUUUUUCUAAAUUUUUUUUUAAUUUUAAAAAGGAAAAUGUAACAGAUAAACAAAUAAAGAGGGUGAAAGAAUACAUAAAUAAGGAGGAGAUAUUAUAUAAUACUCAGAAAAUAUAUGAAAUGAAUAAUUUAUUUUCUUAUUUUUUUGAAUGGAUUACAUUUAUAAUCAAAUAUAAGGAAUAUUAUAGAAAUGUUUGUGAUAUAAAUGUAACUAUUUCUAAUAAUAAAAUAAAAAAGGAAAAGUAUCAAGAUGAAAACCAAAAGUUAUUAGAAGAAAUGCAUAAAAUUAAAUCACUUAUUAUAAAUAAUAAAAAUGAGAUAAGUAUACAAACUGAACAAAUUGAAGAUCUAAAUAAAAAAUUAAGUAUAAUUAAUAAAUCUUAUUUACCUUUUUUAGAGAUAAAAAAAUUUUUAGAAAAAAUCAAAAAUAAAUAUACAUAUACUAUUGAAAAGAUUGAAAGCAAUUAUAAGUAUUUGGUUUCUGAAAUUUUACUUUUUUCUUUUUUUUUAAAUUAUUCUUCUUCCUUUAAUUAUAAAUAUAGAUGUUUUUUAUUAGAUAAAUGGAAACAAAUUAUAAAAAAAAAUAAUAUCCUAAUAAAAGAUGAUAUAAAAAUAGAAAGCAUUUAUUCAUGCGAUAGUAUCAUUUCUUUAUUUAUAUCUGAUAAUUUUCCUAGACAUAUUUUUUAUAUACAAAAUGCUUUAAUAUCCUUAAAUCAUUUUAGAUGGCCUCUAUUUUUAGAUCAGCAAAAUAUAGGAAUUGAUUGGUUAAAAAAAAGUUAUAGCAACAAUUUAGUUAUUCACAACUUUGAUGAAAAUUUGAGCAAACAUUUAGAUAUGUGUAUAAUAUAUGGAAAAAGUCUAAUAAUUCCAUUUUUUAAUUUUCAAAAUUUAUAUAUUUAUGAAAAAAAAAAUGAUGAAAAUUUUAAUUGUGAAUACCAAGAUCAAGAAAAUAUUAAAAAUAUAAAAACAGAUUUGUUAUAUAAAAAGAAUUUUCUUAAAUUUAAAUUAAGAAAUAAAGAAAUUAAACUUAAUUCAAAUUAUAGUAUCAUUGAACCUAUUAUUGAAAGAAACAUAUAUUUAUUAAAUGGGAAAUAUUAUAUCAAUAUUGGUAUGAAGAAGUUAGAAUAUAACAAUCAAUUUAGAUUAUUUCUUGUAAGUGACACUAAUGAUAGAUACUUUGAGGAUAUUGAAGAUUAUGUUAAUAUAAUAGAUUUUCAAAUAGAUAAAAAUUUAAUUGUAAAUAAAAUUGUAAAUAUCAUAUUAAAGCGUGAAGACGAAAAAAAAAUAAUUAACUUUAACACAAAAAUAAGAAACUUCUAUGAGACAAAACAAACACUAAAAUUUUUAGAUGAUGGUAUGAUUUUAGAGUUAUGCGCUUUCAACAAUAAAAUUAAUAAUCAUAAUAAUUUAAUUAAUGUCAUAAAUAACAAUGUUUUAAAAAAAAUUGAGAUAAAAAAAUUAUUGAAAGAAUCCAAAAAUGAAAUUAAGAAAAUUAAAAAUUCAUCAGAUAAUAUAAAAUAUCUUGGUUAUAGAUUUUAUAGCAUAUAUAAAGUUUUACAAAAACUAUCUAAAGUGAAAUCCAUUUAUAAUUUUAAUUUUAAUUAUAUGUUAAAUAUUUUGAAUCAUUUGAUUAAAAAUAUUAAUAAAAAAAUGCUAAUCUGCAAUUUUAAUCAACUGAUUAAAAAGUUUACACACAACUGUUUCAUAUUUUUUUUAAAUACAAUAAAUAAAAAAGAUAAAUUAUUUUUUUGUUUUCUCUUUUAUUCCUCCCUAAUAUUUGAAGAAAAAAAGUUAAAGGAUGUAAAGAAAUCAGUUAAAAUAGAAAAAGAAACAUAUUAUUCCUUAUUUUUAAGAAUGAAAAACUUUAGAAGUAUUAAUGUAACUCAUCUAGAAAAAAUAGAAUGGUUAAAUAAUAAAAAAAAAAGAGAAUUGAUGUUUUUAGAAAAGGAAAUAAUAAGUUUUAAAAAAAUUGUUGAAGACUUAAUGAAUAAUUCCAAUGAAUAUUUUAAUUGGUAUAAACAAAACAAACCUGAAGAAAAUUUAUUUUUUUUGAAAAGAGUUCAUUUAGAUAAAUUAGAAACUAUUUUAUUUCUAUAUGUAAUGCGUAAGGACAGACUACAUUAUUAUAUAUUCUUUUUGUUACGAAAUUACUUAGAUUUAUCAGAAAAUGUUAACUACAAUUUUAAUUUCUCAAAUGAUUUAAAUUACUUAGACACGAAAACAUUUUUGUAUAUAGUAGAAUCAAAUCAUACAUAUGAUACCAUUUCAUCUAACAAUAAUAUAAAAACAUUUAGUGUAGGAAAUAAUUUUAAUAGUGAUAUUCAAAUAAUAAUAGAAACUUCAUUACAGAAUGGAAGAAAAUUAUUAUUAGAGAAUAUACAUUUAAUAAAUUUUAAUAUAGAAAAGUUUUACGAAAUUUAUAAUAAUAAAAAAAUUCAUUCUAAUUUUGAGUUAUAUUUAACAUCAGAAAAAGAUUGUUCUAUUUCAAUAAUAAAAAAAGCCAUUAAAAUUUACUCGCAUAGUGAAGAAUAUUUAAAAAGUUUUUUGAUCGAAUUUUUUACUUGCACUCAUAAUAUUUAUAAAGACAAAAUAAAAAAUAAUUUUAUAAACUCCUUUUUGUUUUCACUAUCAUUCUUUCAUAGUAUUUUAGUUUCUAGAUGUAAUUAUGAUGACUUUGGUUUUGAUGAAUUAUACUGUUUCGACAUUAAGGAUUUUGAAAUUACAUUUGAUUGUCUUUUAUAUUAUUUUAAUUUAAUUCAACUAAAUAAUGUAUUAAAUAAAAAUGAAAGGUCAAAUAAAAGAAUAUAUGAUAAUUUCAAUAAUAAAUCUAUAAGUGAAGACGUGGUAUCAAAAGAAAUAAAUAUAAAUUGGAAAUUCGUAAAGGAUAUUAUCUUAAAUGGAUAUGGAAAUAAGGUCAAUAAUCUAGACAGAAGAAUUAUAAAAAGUUAUAUCAACGAAUAUUUUAAUGAAUAUUUAUUUAACGAAAAAAAUGAAUUUAUAUAUUCAACUGAUGAAGGCUAUAAUUAUAAAUUUUUAUUAAACAGAUCUGCUAAAGAAUAUAUGAAUUUAAUUAAAAGUUAUCCUUCUUUUAAUAGUUGUAAAGUGUAUGGAAUGAAAAUAGAUGCUGAUAAAAAAAAAUAUGAGAAAUACAAUAAUAAUAUGUUAAGUAAUUUGAAAAAAAUUUGCAAUGAAGAAAUUUUAAUUUAUAAAAAAGAAAAUAAUGAUAAUGAUGUUUUUUUCAACUUGGAUAGUGAUUAUUAUUCAAGCUCAAUGGUUAACACAGAAGAAGAUGAUAUAAUAAAUGAAAAUAAAAAUAAAAAAGAAACUUUAAGAAAAUUAGAAUCAGAAGAAUGUACAAAAGAAAUGUAUGAAAAUAAAUUUCUUAUAAAGAUAACGAAUAAAGAGGAAAAUUAUUCCAUCAAUGAACAAAUAAAUGAUUGUAACAUUUGUAACAUUCAUUAUUUUAAUCUAAAUUUUUUAAAAAAUAUUAAGAAAAUGAAUGAAUUCUAUGAAUUAAUAAAAAAAAUUAAAAUAGCAUUCAAAAACAAUUUAACUAUUAAUUCAGAAUGGAAAAAAUUUAAUAUAACAACUAUUCAAUCUUGUUGUUUAAAUGAGACCAAAAAGUUUAAAGAAAUAACAAAUAUUAUAUAUAGUGAUAUUAUAAAAAUUGAACAGCAAUUAAAUAAAAAUAAAAAAAAUUUUGAAAUUGAUUCUAAAGAAAUUAUGUUCUAUUUAUCAUUAAAUAAAAUACCAAAAAAAUGGGCUUGUAAUUUUAAUAAAAAAAUAAAAAAUGUUGAUAAUUUUAUUACGUAUUAUGAAAACGUUAAAGAACAACUAUACUUCUGGAAUAUUACAGGAGAACUAAAUUUUUAUAAUAUACAAUAUUUGUUUUAUCCAUCACAACUUUUUAAAGCAUUGUUAAUUAAAUUUAGUUGUGUUUAUAAAAAAAAAUUAAAAGAUUGUAUAUUCAUAUGCAAAAUAGAUAAUGUAAUGGAAACAAGAAAAAAGGAAAAUGUUCAUUCUCAAAAAAAUAUUUUUUAUAGUAGUGAAGAAGAAACUGAAUUUUUAUCAAAUGAAGUAAAUUAUAUAAAUUAUGUUCAUUAUGAUACGGAAAAUUAUAGUGAUAUAUAUUUGCUAGGAAUUUAUACCAUGAAUGAUAAUUUUGAAUUCUUAGGAAUUAAAUCUAAAAGUAAUAAGAAAUAUGAUGAAAUACCUAUAAUAACUUUAGGUAUAACUGAAAAAAAAAAAAAGAAUAUAUUAAAAGAUAAAAAAAUUCCUCUUUAUCAAAAUAAGUAUAAUGGAAAACUAAAAAAAAAAAAUAAUAGGUUUAUAACAAACUUGUAUUUUAAUAUUGAUAAGCACAAAUCUUUAAUAUACAUUAAUAAAAUUUAUUUAUUCAUUUACAAUUAA